AUGGUCGGUGUGGUACGCGAAAGAGAGGAAGGUGAGCGAGAUGAUCGAGCCACCUUCACAGACCUGAAGAAGGCCAGAAAGGAAGACUGCUCUCUGAUGAUGCGUGGCUUCAACAAAGUCGCUUCCCCCACGCAGAAUGCAGAGCGCAUCUUGAAGAUGUUUCGAGACCAGAAAGGGGUCAACAUUGGUACAACUGUCGAUUUGUAUGAGCACGGCCUUCAAACAGCAACUAGGGCACUCCGAGAUGGAUGCGACGAGGAGACGGUGGUGGUCGCCUUGUUGCAUGACCUUGGGGAGUGUUGGUCGCCUAUCAACCACGGUGAGAUAGUUGCGAGCUUGCUGCGUCCGUACAUCAGCCCGCAGAACUAUUGGGUUCUUGUUCAUCACGAGCUGUUUCAGGCAUAUUACUACCAGGAUGCUUUCGAACUUAAAGAAAAGAACUCCAGAGACAGGUUCAAGGACAGCCCCCAUUGGAAGGCCUGCGAGACCUUUUGCGAGAAGUACGAUUCGCCUGCCUUCGAUCCUGAUUACGACUCCUUGCCGCUCGAGCAUUUUGAGCCUAUGGUAAUCCGGAUUUUCAACCGGAAGCCGUAUGUGGCCAGCAAUUGCAGCGAGGACAGCGAGGUGAACAAAGCCAAGAUGACCCUGGCAGAGGCUUAUCCCUCUCCAGAAGAGCUGGAGGCGGCUUAA